AACAUCAAGAAAAACGCCGCGCAGCGACAGGAGGGCGCGCAAGAGAGGGGCACCACGGGGCUUAGGCCUCCCCCGCUCAGGGAUUUGCUUUGCUUCGAAGGUCGCCACGCUUCUAGCAGACAGCCGAGAUGGCUCGGCCGCCUGUGCGCUGGCCGGCCGGGGCUUCUCGGAUUUUUCUCCGUUUCCGUUUCCGCACUUGUUUCACGGCUUCGAGUUCCGUUCUCAGUCUCGCCUCUUUUUUUUGAAAAAACACGAGAACAGGCGGGGAAGGAUCCAAGAGUCGCGAAAAAGUUCCGUUCUCAGUUUAGACAGUUCCAAACAAAGCCAUAUCCUUUAUAAUAUAAAAGAAAGCGUAACUCGACACACAGAAAAAGGCGCGCCGAAGUAGACAACAUCACUGGUAUAAUAAGUAGUCACAAUACAGUGACACGCGAUCGGCGGCAAAUUUUGCUUGUGCGUUGAGGUUGACUUCGCUUACAUGAAAGCUUCUCCUUUCC